AUGAACAACUCAUUCAUUGAUUUAAUCAAAGACAUAAAAAAAGAUGACAGCUUAAAAAAUGUGGAAAGAAACUAUAAUAUAUGUAUAAAUAAUUUAAAAGAUUUAGAAAAAAAAAAACAAAAUGAUAAAAUAUUUUCAUUUAAUAAUGUAAUUAAAGAAAAAUCAUAUAUUCUAUUAAAAUUAUUAUAUCUUCAAAUGUUUGGAAAAAAAAUAGAUAAAGAACAUAAUUUUUCAGUAAUAGAAAUAUUAACAUGUAAUAAAUAUAUAUUAAAAAGACGAGCUUUUUUAUUUCUUAACAAUAUAAAUGAUAAUGAAGAUGUUAUAUUUUUAUUAAUUAAUUUAUAUAAAAAAGAAUUAUAUAAAGAAAAUAUAUCUAACACAACAAUAGGAACAAAAACAAGAGUUUUAAAUUCAUUAACAAAUAUUAGUACAUCUAUAAUUAAAGAUAAUCUUACUAUGCUAGCCAAUACUUACACCAAUUAUGGAAAUAAUGGAAUCAAUUCAAAUACAGGACCUCGAAAUUCUACAUCUACUGUAAAAGCAGGUUCAAAUUUUGUGUCAAAAGAAAAUGAUGUGUCUCAUUUUCAAUUUAGUAAUAAUAUAGAAAAAUAUUAUAAAAUUAUUAACACUACAUUAAUUUUAAAUAGUAUAAGUAAUAUUUGCACCGAUAUAAUGAGUAAUAAUUUAUAUAAUGAUAUAUUUAUGUUAUUAAAUAGUUCAUUUAUGUAUGUAAGAAAAAAAAGCAUAAUAAGCUUUUACAGGCUUGUUAUUUGUAAUCUAGAUAUUUUGCAUAUUUUUUUUGAUUUUAUAAAAAAAAAUUUUAUUUUAUUAUAUAAUAAUGAAUGCCCAUCAUACGAUACUUUAAAUCAUGAAGAGCCUGGCUAUGUUCUGAAAAAUAACACAUCUUUAUGUUGCUUAAUUAUUAAUAUUCUUGCUGAAAUUUUUUGUACAUUAGAAAAACAAGAAAAAAAAAAUGCACACCAAAAUAUAAAUGAUAACAUAAAUACAAAACCCGAAACAAUAUAUCAAUCUGAUAAAAAAGAAAAAAAAUAUAAUUCAGAAUUUGUAAAAAAUAAUAAUCCAAUUAAUGAACACACACAUAAUAAUAAUGAUGAUAAAAACCAACAAAAUAAUCCUAUGUAUUUAAAAAAAUAUCUUUCUUUUAUUCCAUUUAUUUAUAACAUUUUAAAUGAUCGUCUACAUUUAAUAGAUAAUUGGAGACUAAUAAAAAUUAUAAAAUUUAUAAAUAAAUUAACAAAAUAUGAAAAUCGAAUAUAUAAAAAAUUCCUUUCUAUAAUUAUUCACAUAUUUUAUACAAAUAAAGCACAAAGUGUUGUUUAUGAAUGUUUUGAGUUUAUUUUGUUUAAUUAUAAAAAUAGUUAUGAUUUGGAAAUUAAUUUGGAAAAAUAUAUUUCAGAAAAUGAAAAAAACCUGAACAAGCAAGAAAAUAAUGCAAAAAUGAACCAAAAUAUUAUGAACAGACAGGAAAAUAAUGAAGAAUGUUAUAAACAAAUAGCUAGCUUAAAUAAAAACGAAAAGAUAAAUAAAGAAAAUGUAUAUGCACAAAAUGGAAGCGAUACAUUAUUAUGCUAUUGUUUUUCACAUUUAAUAAAAUAUUUAUAUAGUGAUGAUAAAAAUAUUGUAUAUGUAUGCACAAAAUUAUAUAGAUCUAUAUUUUCGAUACCUGAUUUAUACAAUAUUUUUUUAAAAUAUAAUUUAAUGCAAGAUUUUUCAAGACAUAUAUUUAACAAUUUUGAACAUAAAGAUAUAACAUUAAGAAAUAAUUUAUUAUAUAUUAUAUAUUUUUUAAUAAAUAAAAAUAAUUUUGAAAAUAUUAUUUAUAAUAUACUUGCAUAUAUAUAUAAAAAUAAUGAUCAAGGAUAUUUAGAUGAAUAUAUAAAUGUUAUAUUAAAUUAUGGAGAAAAUAAUUUAAAAUAUUUAAAUAAUAUUAAUUUAUAUAUUUUUAUUUUAUUUUAUAUUUUAUGUCUUAAAAAUCAUGGAACACAUAUAAAAUUAUUAGAUCAAAUUCACAAAAUUAAUUCUCAAUUUUCUAAUACUUUUAUAUCUACAAUUUUUUUAAGUUCUCUUUUUAUUAUCACAUAUGGAAAUUUUUUAAUUAACACGAUACUAAUAAGAAAAGAAAUUGGAGAUGAUAAUUGCCUGACCACCAAUAGUUUAGAAAAUAACACAACGCACAAUUUGUCUACCCUUUUAACAAAUCAAAAAAAUGAUAUAGAAAAAGGUUUAGAAAAAGGUUUAGAAAAAGGCUUAGAAAAGGCUUCUAGCAUAAAUAGUGAUAAUGAUAAUAAUAGUGAUAGUGAUAGUGAUGAUAUAAUUUGCAAUCGUAGCGAGCCGAAAAGGGGUGUAAAAGAAAAGGUUGAUAAAAAAGUUGAUAAAAAAGUUGAUAAAAAAAAGGUUGGUAAAAAAAAUAUAUCAAGAGAUAGUAAUAUUUAUAAUUUGAACGAAAUAAUGGAAAAUGAAGUUUAUUAUUUUUUUAAUAAUCAUAACGAAAGUAUAGAAAAAUAUGAUGUAUUCGAAUAUAUUAUAAACAUAUUAAAAAUAGAAGAUAAAAUAAGUUAUAGAAAAGAAAAUACAAGUACAUAUAUUGAUAUAAAUAAUAUGAAUAUAAAAUGUUUUGAUUAUUUAAUAUAUUUUAUAAGUAUAUAUAUACAAGAAACAUAUAAAGAAAUAAAAGAAUUUAAAAAUGAUAAUUUUUUAAAUAUAUUUUUUUUUUCAUUAUAUUUAUUUUUUUUAAAAUUUAGUACUAGUAGUAUAUUAUGGAAUGUAACCAAAAUUUUUAUUUUUUUUUCACAAUUUAAUCAAUUUUAUGAUAUUUCUUUUUUUUAUUUAUAUAAAUUAGAAAAGUAUAUAGACAAUUUAAUAUAUAAUCAAAAUGAUAUACAAAAUUUGGAUAGAUCUUUAAUUUUAAAACAUAUUUUAGCACUUAUAAAUAGCAAACAAACUAAAAAUACAUCUAUAUUUUAUAAUUAUUUUGACACAAAAAUAGAAAUAGAAAAUACUGAAAUUUCUUAUAAUUAUUCAGUUCCAUUUAAAUAUAAUGAUUCAUUUUUUUUACAAACUAAUAAUAAUCAAAAUUCUGAUAAAACAUCUAAUUUUCAAUCUGUUAAUAAAUAUCAUACAAUUCCAAAAUCACAAACUUUUAAUGACGAAUUAAAUAUUUUGUUAGAUAAAAAUAAAAGAUGUAGUAACAUUUUCAAAAAAAAUAAAUUACUAUUCCUUGUUCAUGUUAAUAACCAUUUUAAAUUAUAUUAUCAUAUAACACAAGAUCAUAUUUUACAUCUUUACAUUGAUUCUCUUAAAGAUGACAUCAACAUAAAUAAUUUUAUUUUAUCGUUAUCUGCAAAUAUAAUUGAAUAUAAAACAAAUUUUGAAAAACCAAAAAAUUUUAAAUUGAUAGAUAGUCAGGAAAAUUAUAUUUUUAAAUUUACCCAAAAUUAUUUAACUGAACAAAUUCAAAAUAUUGAUAGUACCCAAUUAGAAGACAAGAUUAAUAAUCAAAAUAUAUGUACAAAUAAAAAAAUAACAAAAAAUGAAAUCAAAAUUUUAGAUAAUAUUAUUGGCUGUUUAACUAUCUCUAUCAAAUUUUCAACACCCUUUAAUUAUAUUAAGUUGAUAUUUAGUUAUUCACACAAUAUCCAAAGUUACGAAAUUCCAACCAUUGCUCUUCCAUACUUUCCUAUGGCCCCGUUUCUUUUAUCUCUGGAUGGGUUUAAAAAGAUUGACAAGAAAAAAGGGAAGUUUCGAAAUUUUAUUCAUGAAAUAAAUUUAGAAAGAGAGAAAGAUGUUCGAGAGGUGGUUUUUAAUUAUUUUGUUUUUUUGUCGGAAUAUAUAAAUAUGUUUUUUUUUAAUAUAAAAAAUGCACAUUUAAAUUUGAAAAAUAAUAAUGAUACUUCGGAUCUUCGUAUAAUCUUAUGUACCAAAAGGGCUGACAAACAAGAUGGAAUCAUCUUAUUAAUAAACAGCCGCCACAUUAAGCUCGACCAUGCAAGCGAAAAGAGCGAAAAGAGCGAAAAAAACGAAAAAAACGAAAAAAACGAAAAGAGAGAAGACAAUGAAAAAAACGAAAAGAGCGAAAAAAACGAAAAGAGCGAAAACAACGAAAAGAGAGAUGACAACGAAAAGAGAGAAGACAACGCAGCGCACCUUGUUCCUUACCAAAUUGAUAUUCAAAUAAAUUUGCUGAAUUCAUCACAAAAAGAAGAUGAAUUAUUUCUGGACUAUUUAAAUUAUUAUUUAUCUGCUUUAUUUUCAAAAACAAUAAACAUCGAUGAUAUCCUCUCACAGUUUUAA